GCAGACAUUUUUCAAUGCAAGAUUUUUCCUUGCAUAAAUUAUGUUCAUGACGUAGUGCAAAAGGCCAAUUUUGUGGCAAUUUUGCGCGACUUUGCAGCUCAUAUGGGAUUCAGUUAGACACCUGGAGGACUUGUGACUAUCUGAAGUGUUGCAGAAGGGGCGACGUCAUUAAAUAUUAAGGCAGGGGAGAUCCUAACAUUUGCAAGCCUCCUUAUCAAUGCAAAUACCUCUUUUGUGUGCACCACAGCCCGUCUGGGAGCUGAGAUGCAUUUUUAAUUAUGUGUGACUGAAAGAAACUGUGACAAGGACCUUGAAUAAAAGCGGGGGAUUACAGAGAAUAAGCUGCAUUUCCGCGGAUGUCAGGAAGACAGUGACGGUGGCGGUGCAGAGAGCCAUGAACUCCCAGGACCCCCCCGCCAAAGAUGGCCCCCUCACUGUCAAUGAGCAGCCACUCACUGUCUGACUGCAGACGCCUUUUUUCAGCCAUUUAAAUCCUCCUCCUGCACUUUGACAUUCCCUGACAAACUCCACCAGGUGAUUGUGAUGUCGGGCCACGAGACGAUCCGGGUUCUGGAGGUGGAGGUGGAUUCGUCUCUGCCGUCGUCGCUCCCUGAGGAGAAGAGCGAGGUGAAGUCUGAGGCGGGGGAGCGACCUGCGGGGGAGCGACCUGCGGAGCAACGUGAGGCCGGGGGCACACAGGAGGGGCCCCAAAACACUGGGGGAGUGGGUCUGGGGGAGCAGCACCUCGUCUCUGUGGAGGUUUCUGCUCCUGCCGUCCAGACGCUGACUCCCGCUGUCAGUCUGUCCCUGUCUCAUCCACAGGCCGCCAUGCCCAUCACCGUGCAGAGCUGCCCACAGGUGCUGACGCAGGAGAGUCUGGCCUCCCUGAUGACGGGCAUGAUGGCUCAGACGGGGUCCCUGGGCCAGCCCCUGCUGAUCCCCCUCAGCAUGGCCGGAUCCAUCGGGGGUGGGGGGGGUCUGGCUGUCCUCACUUUACCCACCACCAACGUUGCCACUAUCCCCGGGUUCACUGCAGCGAACACUGCCGGGAACCUCCUCAAACUGCCCUUCGCCGGCCUCCAGGCAGCGACGGUCCUGAACUCGGUGCAGCCUCAGCUCCAGACCAGCGCUCAGACCAUGUUCCAGCCUCAGGCCGCCUCCCUACAGUCGGUACAGGUGACGUCUUCGCCCCCAGUCACACAGGUGUCUGCAGCUCAGGCCACCACCACCGCCUCCCAGUCCAGCAUCUCUCUGGCAGCUCUGCAGAGCGCAGGACUCUCCAUCAACCCCGCCAUCAUCAACGCUGCCUCUCUGGGAGCUCAGCCUCAGUUCCUCAGCUCCCUCACCUCCACCCCCAUCAUCACCAGCAACAUGUCCAACAUGGCCGGCAUCACCAGCCAGAUCAUCACCAACGCACAGGGACAGGUCAUAGGAACCCUCCCGCUGUUUUUAAACCCGGCUUCUCUGGCUGGAGGGGCUGCGGCACCCACCCUCCAGAGUCUGCACGGGCUCCAGAGUCUUCAGGGACUCCAAGGUCUUCAGGGUCUCCAGGGCAUCCAAGGACUCCAGGGUUUUCAGGGGCUUCAAGGACUCCAGGGUCUCCAGGGGCUCCAGAGUCUGCAGGGGCUCCAGGGUCUGCAGGGGCUCCAGGGGCUUCAGGGGCUGCAGCUCCAGACCGUGGCCCCCCAGCUGGUCCUGAACACCCAGGGUCAGAUCAUCGCCACAGUGGGAAACGGAUGUGCGGUGACGUCGGCGGCAGUCCUGCCCAAAGUCGCUGCUUCUCCAACGCUCACCAAACCCAUCUCACAGGCUUCAGUAACGACCGUCAGUCAGUCGCCGAUCGUCAUCGCCCCGCAGCCGUCCCUCAUGAAGACCCAGCUGACCCCCGGGGUGAACAUCAGCUGUGGGGACAUCGCUAAAGUGGGCCAGCUCAUCGGCAAGCCGCAGCAGCUCGUCAGCGGCGAGGAGGGGAUAAACCUGGAGGAGAUCCGAGAGUUCGCCAAGAACUUCAAGAUCCGCCGGCUGUCGCUCGGUCUCACGCAGACGCAAGUGGGGCAGGCGCUCACUGCCACCGAGGGCCCGGCGUACAGCCAGUCCGCCAUCUGCAGGUUUGAAAAGCUGGACAUCACGCCUAAGAGCGCCCAGAAGCUGAAGCCGGUUCUGGAGAAGUGGCUGGCCGAGGCCGAGCACUGGAACCAGAAGGGCCAGCAGAACCUGAUGGAGUUCGUCGGCGGGGAACCGUCCAAAAAACGCAAGCGACGAACGAGCUUCACGCCGCAGGCCAUCGAUGUCCUGAACUCCUACUUUGACAAGAACACGCUGCCGACGGGACAAGAGAUCACGGAGAUCGCUCGGGAGCUGAACUACGACCGAGAGGUGGUGAGAGUCUGGUUCUGCAACCGGAGACAGACGCUGAAAAACACGAGCAAAAUCAACGUCUUCCAGGUCCAGUAGCGUAACGUCCUGCUGGAGAUAAGUCAUACAGACACACAGAGAGGGACUGUGAUGAGAAUACAAGCCAAACUGCGUGAAAAUAAUAUGAACUUUUUCAGAAAAAUGAAGAGAAAUGAAACAGAAAAUAAGUUUUUAUGGUAUUUUAAGAUAUGUGUACACAACUCAAACUGCAUGGUCCUUUUAUCAUAUAGAGUGAUGAUGAUAACAUUUCAUAUUUAAUAAUAUUUGAACUUUUAUACAAGUGGUUUUUAUAGGAAAUCCCUCUGAAUUAACAACGUGGCAGUGCAUUGAGUCACAUUGAUUUAAGUCGCAUAAUUGUCACUUGACGCUGAUGUUUGAAUAACAACCAUGGAUGUUUUUGAACAUUCUCAUUCAUUUUGUAUUCGCGUAGUAGUUGUGCUACAUUGGCAGCUUUUUAAAGGAUGCUGUAGACUCAAAAACAAGCCUUUUUUUAAUCCGAAUUCGUCGUCUAAUUAACGCCAAAAAUACUUUUCCACCCGUAGACUCCUGACUCUGCAGCCAUGGUUUGGGACAAUCAUCAUUUUGAUAUUUCUUAUUGAUAAUCACAACAAAAAUCAGCAUUUGUUUCCUCUUGUUUGGCUUUCAAAUAUGUAUUAAGGCAGCGUCAAAUCGGGGGUCCAGAGAGAAUCCUUUCUGAUGUUUUCUAGAAAAAAACUUGACUAUUGCCCAUGAUGCCACAACUGUAAACUAAUCAGUCUUUAUAAUGUUACUUUCAUACUGUGUGUGUGUGUGUGUGUGUGUGUGUGUGUGUGUGUGUGUGUGUGUGUGUGUGUGUGUGUGUGUGUGUGUGUGUGUGUGUGUGUGUGUGUGUGUGUGUGUGUGUGUGUGUGUGUGUGUGUGUGUGUGUGUGUGUGUGUGUGUGUGUGUGUGUGUGUGUGUGUGUUGUUUUUACACUUUAAUGUGCUUUAAUACUCUUUUGUUUUUCCUCCUUUUUUGCUGUUUUCACUGGUGCUUCUGCUGCAUUUUUUAAAAUCUCAGUUAGAUAAAGGUUAUUGUGAAAAUAGAAGCUUGAUGAACGGUGGCCGACAGGUGCCAAUGAGCUACAACAGCCCAAAACAUUUCCACUAGGAGAAACACGCUGCAGCUUCAGAAAAGGUGCAGAUAUAGAAACACAAAUGUGCCAAAACUCAUGCAGACGAGGGAAGAUCUUCAGCAGCUUCAGGAAACAUGAGCAGCGUUUACUAAAAGCUGCAGAAACCAAACGCUGCAAGAAGCUCCAAACACAACGGAGACCAGGGGACACUAAAGAGAGACGCACACUGCUGGAGACCAGGGGACACUAAAGAGAGACGCACACUGCUGGAGACCAGGGGACACUAAAGAGAGACGCACACUGCUGGAGACCAGGGGACACUAAAGAGAGGCGCACACAGCUGGAGACCAGGGGACACUAAAGAGAGACGCACACAGCUGGAGACCAGGGGACACUAAAGAGAGGCGCACACAGCUGGAGACCAGGGGACACUAAAGAGAGACGCACACUGCUGGAGACCAGGGGACACUAAAGAGAGACGCACACUGCUGGAGACCAGGGGACACUAAAGAGAGACGCACACAGCAGAGACCAUCAGAAGGAGUCAUGUGAUCUCAUUGUUAAAAUAAGAGUUCAGGUGAGUUUCCAACAACAGAGACAGCUGUCCAGCUUUAUGAUCCUGAACGUCACCCAGCGCUCCGGUCCCAGCUGUGUGCGUCUCUCGUUAGUGUCCCCUGGUCUCCAGCUUUGGUUUCUGCAGCUUUUAGUAAACGCUGCUCAUGUUUCCUCAAGCUGCUGAAGAUGUUUCUUCUUGUGUUUUUAGAUUUGCAUCGUUUCUGAAGCUGCAGCUCGUUUCUCCUAAUAGAAAUGUUUUGGUCGACAGCGUGUUUACCGCUGUCGGCCACCGUAUUAUUUUGCCUAAAAUGAACUUGAAACAGUCUCAUGUUGCCUAUAAACUUUAACAACUGUUUUUUAAAUACUUUGUAAAGCCUAACAUCGGAAAAAUGACUGAAUUACACAUCGUCAGGACCUGUUCAGCCAAUGAAAGGCUGUAUUUUAAUAUGUUAAUUCUGAAUGAGUGUUUGCAUGCGCAGUGUGAAAUUAUUUGGGUGUUUUAAUUCUGUAUCUUUGCCAAUUCUUCGCAAAUUCUUUGCACUUUAGUGAAAGCAGGGAAAGCAACAAAGGGAAAUGAAUGGUUUAAAUAUUGGGGUUGUCCUUUAUGUGGGAGAUUUUAAUUUCUGCAUUUUCAUGUAGCGGUAAUGGCGGCAAAAUUGCAAUCAUCAAUUAAACUAUCAUUAUGGUUAAUGUUCUUCUAAUACAGAUGAAAUUUUAAAUAUGGCAGAUUAAAUAUAGCAUUAAUAACAUUAAGUUCAUUUUAAGUCGCUUUAUAUUACACUGAGUAAAAUACACAACAAUUAAUAUUGCAAAGGUUUUUCUUUAAAGAUCCUCUAUUAUACUCUUUAUCAACAGUAUAUAACACGUCUCAGAUAUAUACAGAACCUGUCUCUGAUUGGCUGAAACAUCAGAUCAUUGUAACAUCCCAUAAUCCCCUCUGUUUCAGCCCUGUUCCAGAAGUGCUGAUUCUGUGUCUGUAGCUUUAAAUGCUAAUGAGCUGCUGCUGGCCACGCCCCUCUGCGAGAUGAUUGGUUUAAAAAAUCACAAUGGCGCUCUAGGAGGAGAUCCAGGUGGGCGGGGCUUACCUUGGUUGGUGAUUGGCUAAUGGGGCAUGGAGGGGACACACAUUUAUGAAUGAAAGACAUGAAGAAGGUGGAUUUUGUAUAUAGGGGAGUUUAAGGUUUUGUUCAACAAGAAAACACAAUAUGUUAUAAGUAAGUUAAGAGAAAAUAAGUUACAAUAAUAAUAAUAAUAAUAAUAAUAAGAUAUCCGUUCCAAUUCAUUUCAUUCUGCCACCACAUUUUAAGUCCAGAUAAAAAACAGAAGUUUGAUGCUUUUUUCUCGUCAUGUUCUGCCAGAUAAAUUAA